AUGUUCAAGUGGGCGCAGAAGCAACUGGCCGAUGUCGCCGGCACGAAAGAGCCCAUCUACGGCCCCUCAGCCAUCCGCAAUGUCUCCGAGCAGGCCAAGACGACCCCCUACACCGAGCUGAAAAGAGAUGACAUGAAGUGGUACGCAAUGAACACUACGAGUGUCGAGACCUUCAGCUUCUACCUCACGUCGGACAACGGCCAUGCAGCGCUCGCUCAGGUCAUCUAUAGUAAUGUGGCCGGCAUCCGCACAACCUGCCAGUUCAACUCCAAGAUCUUCUACCCCGACGAGAAGAAGGACUUCCUGUGGUGCUCGACUCAGCUCAAGGAUGUUGAGUUCAGCGAGGACAAGUGCAACUUCUACGCCCAGGACUGCGCAGUCGAGCUCUCGGCCGACGGCGAACACUACACCAUCAAGUCGAUGACAGACCAGAGGGCUAUCGUCAACCUGACCAUCCGGAAGGCGGCUCCCGGCUUCGUGUCCGGCAAGGAUGGCAAGACUCUGUUCGGCACAGACCUGUCAAACCCAUGGGGAAGCAUGCGCCACGGCUUCUGGCCGAGGUGCACCGCCGAGGGCACCAUCACCACGUCUGAUGGGCCCAUCGACUUCAAGGGCAAGGCCCUGUUCAUCCAUGCGCUUCAGGGGAUGAAGCCACAUCACGCCGCUGCGCGGUGGAACUACGUAAACUUCCAGGGGCCCAACGUGUCCGCAAUCCUGAUGGAGUACACCACGCCACCGUCGUACGGGUCGACAGAGGUAAAUGUGGGCGGCAUCGCAAAGGAUGGCGAGAUCAUCGCCGCCGGAUGCUCGAACACGGUCACACACACACGGAUCAAGAAGGACACGGAGAACUCAUGGCCUGAGCCGGAAGCCAUCAAGUGCGACUGGAGUGGCACGACUAAGGACGGCAAGCCGGUCGUGGGACUUCUGGAGACGGACCUCGAGCAGCGCCUCGACAAGAUCGAUGUCAUGGCCGAAGUCCCUGGUUUCGUGAAGCAGAUCGUUGCCGGGGCUGCGGGCACAAAGCCGUACAUCUACCAGUACAUGCCGAGGCAGCACAAGGUGACCCUCAAGCUGAAGAUUGGGGACACCGAAACUGUCGAAGAGGGCAUCCUCUUCAGCGAAGCCACAUUCAUCUCCGAAUAG